AGUAGAGUUACAAAUCCCCUCCCUCCCCGGUUCGGAUUGGCUGCGGUUCCCGGCGGGAGGCGGGACUUCUUCUCAAACCGGUGGCGCCAAGGCCGGGGCGGCCCGCCAUGGAGGCCGUGCUGGAGCAGGUGGAGCAGCUGCCGGCGCUCCUGGCCGUCUCCCGCUCCGCGCUGGUGCGGGACUGGGACGCCCUCACCCUGGACAGGGCGCUAGAGUGGGGCCGGUACUUCCAGCACCUGCACGAUCGCUUCCGCACCCGGCCUCGGCUCCGGGAGGCCCUCGGGCGGCGGCUGCGGCGGGGUCAGCCGAGCCCUCUGCUCGGCUUCCCCCACCUGGGACGCUGCCCGCAGCUGCUGGGCCUGGCGCUGCUGGAGAACCGCGCUCUGCCUCCCGCCGCCUGCCGCCGCCUCAUCCACAGCCUGCUGCAGCCUGCCGGCGCGGAGGCCGGCCCGGAGCCCCGCAGCCUGGCGCUCCUCGCCCGUCGGAAGGCCGCCUCCCGCCUGCUGGCGCUGCCCGGCGGUCCGCCGCGGGCCGAGCCGGCGGGGGAGGCGGUGGGGCGGCUGCGCUGGCUGUCCGGUGUCCUGGAGGAGCUCCCCCAGCCCCGGGUCUUCGAGGUGGUGGCGGCGGCUCUGCUGCUGAGGCCGGGGAGUGAUGCUGAGCAGGCCGGAGACGGGGGUCGGGAUGGGAAGAGCGUAGACGGAAACCAGGCGAGUGCAACGGGAGAUGAAGGCGUUGCCGGGCUCCUGCUUUCCUGGCUGCUGGGGAACUUGGAGCGGUUUUCUGCCUUCUGCCUUUUUCUCCCAGGCUCUCUUCUUGCCUCCCUAGCUGGUCACUAUUCCCAGUUCAGCAGACCUUAUUUGGACCUCUUAACUGGCUGGGGAAGCCACUUGCUCUAUGACCCCUUGCAGGGACGGUGGGUUAAAAGUUGUCUUGACAAAGCUGAAUUGUCCUGGGAGGAGCUGAGGGAGCGCUUCACCUGCCUCUGUCAGGGAUCUGCACUGCUCAGGGGACAGACCCAAGAUGCUCUGAAACUCCUGAAGGCACGGGAUGGAGACUUUACAGUCUGUGGCCUGAGUGUGUGGACUGACUUACUGGUGGAAGUAGAGGAAUAUCUGAGGAAAGAAGCAAAGUGCCAACGAAUGAACCCAAAAGCAACAUGA